GUCAGGAGCCCAGCCCGGAGGAGAGGAUGUGGAUAUGCUGACAUCUGCAAGCCAGCGGUUUCACUGGAAUACGACCGCAGUCAGACUGACGGACAACGGCCCCAGCAACCCCGAAGAAACUUUGAGACAUGUAACUUGCGGAGGAGAUGUCUGUGUCCUGUAGGGCACCCUGAAGCUUGGCCCGUCACGGUGCUUCCGUGGCGCUGUCCACCAUGAGGGGGCGCUGUUCUCGAAAACUAGGUGUGCUGGCGAAGGCUGGCUUCCUGCUGUGGCUGCUGUGGCUGGGCUAUCUUCUGAUAGAACGCUCCUCUUUCCCCUUCUCCUCCUCCUCCUCUGUACAGGAAGACGAUGAAGAGCACAAUCAUUUGGCAAGGCAGCUGUCUAUAGAGAAGAGUGGGAUAGAUGGGCAGUUGGCCAGGCCCCUCUAUGUGAAACCAUCUCCAGACAACAGUGCAUCAGGGGAGUGGGGUCGGGCCACUCACCUUAAUCUCAGCCCUGAAGAAAAGAAACUGGAACAGGAAUCUGUGGAGCGCUAUGCUAUCAAUAUAUAUGUCAGUGACAAAAUCUCCCUCCAUCGACACAUCCAGGACCACAGGAUGAAUGAAUGCCGGAAUAAGAGGUUCGACUACCGACGUUUACCUACCACAUCUGUGAUCAUCGCUUUCUACAACGAGGCCUGGUCCACCCUGUUGAGGACCAUUCACAGUGUGCUGGAGACCACGCCUGCCAUCCUGUUGAAAGACAUCAUCCUAAUUGAUGACUACAGUGACCGAGGCUACCUGAAAUCCCAGCUAGCUGAAUAUAUCAGUAGCCUGCAACGUGUGCGGCUCAUUCGCACUAACAAAAGGGAGGGACUGGUACGGGCACGUCUCAUUGGCGCCACCUAUGCCACAGGUGACGUGCUGACAUUUCUUGAUUGCCACUGUGAGUGUGUCCCUGGCUGGAUUGAGCCGCUGUUGGAAAGGAUUGCUGAGAAUGCCAGCACCAUAGUGUGCCCUGUGAUUGACACCAUCGACUGGAACACCUUUGAGUUUUACAUGCAAACAGAUGAGCCCAUGAUUGGAGGAUUUGACUGGAGGCUGACCUUUCAGUGGCACUCUGUCCCUGAAGUGGAACGAAGGAGGCGCAAGUCUCGCAUUGACCCCAUCAGGUCUCCUACUAUGGCAGGUGGAUUAUUUGCUGUGAGCAAAGCCUAUUUUGAAUACCUUGGCACAUAUGACAUGGGCAUGGAGGUGUGGGGAGGAGAAAACCUGGAGCUCUCAUUCAGGGUAUGGCAGUGUGGAGGCAGUCUUGAGAUCCAUCCCUGCUCGCAUGUCGGCCAUGUUUUCCCUAAAAAGGCCCCUUAUGCACGGCCCAACUUCCUCCAGAACACAGUUCGAGCCGCAGAGGUUUGGAUGGACUCUUACAAGCAACACUUCUACAACAGGAACCCUCCAGCCAGAAAGGAGACUUAUGGGGAUAUCUCAGAGCGGCUGCUGCUGAGAGAGAAGCUGAAGUGCAACAGUUUUGACUGGUAUCUGAAUAAUAUAUACCCUGACCUGCAUGUACCUGAGGACAGGGAAGGCUGGCAUGGGGCUGUGCGAAACUCAGGGAUCCCAUCUGAGUGUCUUGAUUAUAACGCUCCAGACCACAAUCCCACAGGUGCACACCUUUCUCUGUUUGGCUGCCACGGCCAGGGAGGCAACCAGUACUUUGAAUACACUUCUCAGAAGGAGAUCCGUUUCAACUCAGUGACAGAGCUGUGUGCCGAAGUACUCGAAGGCCAGACUUCCAUUGGGAUGAGGCACUGUCCUCGUGAUAGAGAACUCAAGCCUCCCAGUAUCAUCUGGGAGUUCAAAAAGGACGCAACCAUCUAUCAUCCUCACUCAGACAUGUGUGUGACAGCCUUCCGCACAGCUGAGGGUCGCACAGAAACCCAGAUGAGGCGCUGCAACCCGGCCGACAGAAACCAGCAGUGGAAGUUUGAGUGGUAGAAGGAAAAAGUGAAAAUGUAGCAGGAACAUUUAAGUGACCUUCUGUGACUAUCAUGCAGUCGCUACAGUGGAUGUUUUUCUCCAUUGUGCCCGAUUUCUUCACAGCCCACGUCUGCAGUACAUUUGAAUGGGAUUGGCAAACAAAAAAAAAAAAAUGCCUUGAACAUGUCUGUUGAAGCUGGUAAUUUACCCCAUUCAGUGCUUUUAUACC